AUGGCGGAACAACUUAUCCUCAAGGGCACCCUCGAGGGCCACAGCGGCUGGGUCACCUCUCUCGCAACUUCUCUUGAGAACCCAAAUAUGCUCUUGUCUGGUUCCCGCGACAAGUCCCUCAUCAUCUGGAACUUGACCCGGGAUGAGACUUCAUACGGAUACCCAAAGAGAUCUCUCCACGGACACUCCCACAUUGUCUCUGACUGUGUGAUCUCUUCCGAUGGUGCUUACGCUCUUUCCGCAUCCUGGGACAAGACUCUCCGCCUUUGGGAGCUUGCCACUGGUACCACCACCCGCCGAUUUGUUGGACACAACAACGACGUUCUCUCCGUUUCCUUCUCUGCCGAUAACAGACAAAUUGUCUCCGGAUCCCGCGACCGCACAAUCAAGUUGUGGAACACUCUCGGUGACUGCAAGUUCACCAUCACUGAGAAGGGACACGCCGAUUGGGUUUCAUGCGUUAGAUUCAGCCCUAACCCACAAAACCCAGUCAUUGUCUCCUCUGGAUGGGACAAGCUAGUCAAGGUCUGGGAGCUCAGCUCUUGCAGAUUGCAAACCGACCACAUCGGACACACCGGUUACAUCAACACCGUCACCAUCUCCCCAGACGGAUCCCUUUGCGCUUCCGGUGGAAAGGACGGAACCACCAUGUUGUGGGACUUGAACGAGUCUAAGCACCUCUACUCCUUGAACGCUGGUGAUGAGAUCCACGCCCUCGUGUUCUCCCCCAACAGAUACUGGCUUUGCGCCGCCACCUCCAGCAGCAUCAUCAUCUUCGAUUUGGAGAAGAAGAGCAAGGUUGAUGAGUUGAAGCCAGAGUUCCAAGCUGUUGGCAAGAAGAGCAGAGAGCCAGAGUGUGUCAGUUUGGCAUGGAGCGCGGACGGACAAACUUUGUUCGCAGGUUACACAGAUAACAUCAUUCGGGCUUGGGGUGUUAUGUCGAGAGCGUAA